AUGGAGGAAUCUCCCGCCGCCGUCGAGCCCGCGGCGUCCGGCGCCAAGAAGUCGAGGAGUCCGCGGCGCUCGGACCCGGCGGCCACCGGCUCCCAUAAGGCCGGGAAGCGAGGACGGGAGGAGCCGGAGCAGAGGGAGGAGCCGGCGCCCAAACGGCCGCGGCGCGCCAAGGGCCGCACCGCCGCAGACGCUGACGAGGAUGAGUUCAUUCGUCAGGCGAUAGCACUGAUAGCGGCCCAGGAGAAGAAGGAGCAGGGUGGCACCGGUCGACGGGGGCGGCCGCGCGGGUCGCGGGGCGGCGCGGCCGACUCCCCGACUCCCGACCACUCGCCCUCGCCCGCCGCUGCCGAGCCGCCGCCCAGCUCCGCUAAAAAGGCUGCGAGGAAGGCCUCGCCGGCGACACCUGCCCCAGUCGCCACUGCUAAGGCUACAAAGGCGUCCAAAAAGACGCCCGUCCCAUCCAAGGCAGCGCUCAAGAACUCAGACUCUUCAUCCUCAAAGUCGUCACAAAAGUCUCCUUCAUCUGCUAGAUCAUUAGACAAACCCUCAUCUUCCACAAAAUCAUCUGAAAAGACGCCAUCAUCAUCAAAAUCAUCACAAAAGACUCCCGCCACCAAGGCGUCCCGGAAGGCGUCCCCGGCGUCUGCCGGCGGCCGCUCGUCCCCGGUGGGCAGCGUCUCGUCUCCGCGGCGCUCGGCCUCGCCGGCUGCCGGCGGCGGCAGCGCGCCGCGGCGGCCCGGCCGGCCCAGGAAGUCGGCUCACCUCUCUGACGAGGACGAGUACACGCCGUCGGGAGGCCGGAAGAAGGCGGCGGCCGGGACCCCGCGACCGGCCGGCCGGCGCGCCAGCGCCGCUGACGACGAGCCCGAUCGGAAGGCACCGCCGCUCAACGGAUCGGCCAACAAGAUACGCAGCUCGGCAAUAGUGUUACAGACAGACGAGGAGCUGCGCGUGGGCAUGUACAAGGUGCUGGAGGCGGUCAAAGCGCACGAGGAGGCCUGGCCGUUCCAGGACCCGGUCGAGGAGGAGUACGCGCCUAAUUACUACGCCGUCAUCCGCCGGCCGAUGGACCUAAACAAGCUGGAGAGCAGGCUGGAUGCCGGUGUGUACCAGACCAGGCAGCAGUUCGAGGCCGACUUCAAACUGAUUGUCGACAACUGCAAACUCUACAACGGCCUGGAGAACGAGUACACGGAGAUGGUGAUGAACAUCGAGGCGGCGUUCCACAAGGCGUGCCACAAGUUCCUUGACACGGGCGACGACGACGAGGAGGAGAUUCUGAUCGACGUGUCGCAGGUGACGCCCGGCUCGGCGCGCCGGUCGGCCGCCCGCCCCGCCGCCGGCUCGGCAGGGUCCACCGGGCGGCGGCGCGGCCGGGGCGCCAAGGCCGCCGCGACCGGCAGGGGUCGCAAAAAGUCCGCCGCGGCCGCCGAGAUCGACUACAGUGACGACGAGCUGCUGGCCUCGCCCAGGUCGAAGCCGCCCUCCAAGGAGGACACGGAGAAGAUGUUCGAUAACCUGCUGAAGACGCCGCCGUCGCCGGUCAAGUCCCCUCCGCCGGCGGGGGCGCGGUCCGCCGCGCGGGCCCCCGAGACCGUGAUCGGCCCCGUGAAGGCGAUCCCGAGCGGUCGCGGCCGGCGGCGGCAGCUGGCCAGGAAGCCGCCCCGGCAGCUGCCGCCGCCGCCGCCGCCGCGGCCCGCCAGUCAGGCCUCCGAGGGCGACGCGUACACGUUCAGAGAGGAGUCGGAGGAGGAGCCGACGGUACGCCGGCCGCCGCGACGCCCGCUGAGGGCCUCGCCGCCGCCGCGCACACCGCCGCCCACCGCCCCCGCCCCCGCCCCCGCCCCCGCCCCGGCCGUGUCAGCGUCCUCUGACGAGAGCGACGGCGGCUCCCCGAAAAAGGCCAUCGCCCAGGGCCGGAUAUUCGCGGCCAAGAUGCGGCGCCGGCGGCUGGCGGCGGCCGAGAGGGAGGAGCGGAACUCGUCCCGCGAGGCCGCCGACAGGGAGUCGGAGAAAACCGCCGAGGAGUCCGGCUCCGGCGCCGAGCGGCCCGACCGCGAGCUCAGGAGGAAGAGCGAAAAGAGGUCGCGGACGGACAGCAGGGAGAAGAAGAGCAGCAAGAAGAAGAAACGGAAACGGCGAGAGCGGGAGAGGCGGGAGAGUGAGCGGCGCGCGGCCGACUCGGCCAAGGACUCUCCGGCGUCGGGCGCGGCCGAGGGUCCGGCGGAGGCCCGCUCUCGCUCGCCGUCCCCCCUGCCGGGCUCCGGGUCGGACAGUGACGACAGUGCCAUCUGGCGGCAGCCGCCGGCCGUCGAUCCGGCGCUCAGCCGACCGUCGCCGGCGCCGGCGCCCCGACCGACCGUCGACUCGCGCGGCCCGCGCGCCAAGCCGCUCUUCAGCAGCCGCUGCAUCUCCAAGGAGGAGAGUGCCAAGCUGGGCCAGCUGAUCUCGCGGGUGCGGGACAGUCGCGGCAGCGGCACCACGCUGCUGGCCGGCCGGCCCGGCCUCACCAUGGGCAAGGUGCUCGGCAGCCGCGGCGAGUACCAGGAGCCGGAGCGAACCGGCGAGGAGCUCUGGGAGGAGAUGGUCGGCAAACGGCUCAAGGCCGAACCCGUGCUGCCCGAGCGGCGCGACGACGAGCCGCCGAAGCUGAUCGUCGAGCCAGAGGUGGGCAGCGAGCUGCCCGUGCUCAAAAAGUCGGCCACGCCCAACCUGAGCGCCUGGUUCCACGCGUUCCGCUCUCAGGCGGCUCCGGAACCGCCGGCGGCACCCUCGGUGGCGCGCGUGAAGCGGCCGCCGCCGCCGGAGCAGAAGAAACGCGCCGAGUCGGAGCCACGGAAGGUGGCGCCCACACCGCCGGCCACUCCCGCCUCCGCUGCGGCUCCGGUCCCCACCUCCUCCCCCGCCCCCGCUCCUCCUGCGGCGUCUGCCCCUGCCCCCGCUCCGGCCGUGACGCGGGCCCCGGCGGACGCCCCGCAGCCCCCUCCGGCGCCGGCGGUCCCUCAGCCGAGCUCCCAGGCGUCCCAGCCGCCGCCAGCAGCAGCGCCGAACGCCGCUCAAUCCCCCGCCAAACCUCCGGCCGCGCCGGCAGCCAAGCCUGCCUCCCCGGCGCGGCCGCGCUGGCGACGCGCCGCCUCGCCGCCGCCGGCGCCGCCACAGCCGGACGCUGAUCCGUACGAGUACGACGACGACGAACUGGAGAAGGUGCGGCUGCAGGUGAAGGCGCGCGAGAGCCAGCGGCUGGAGCCGGCCGCCGGCGGCCGCUCGCCCUUCUACGUCACCAGCUCGGAGAGCGAGAAGUCGCCGCUGACGCCGGCCGGCGGCAUCGUGUCGCCGGCGGAGGCGGCGCAGCGCUCGCCGGCCUUCUCGCCGCAGCACGCGCCUGCCGUGGACACAGCUCGGCUGGUGGGCGCCGCCAAGCCCGGCUUCUAUCAGGACGUGGCCGCCAAGACGGCCAGUCCGGACAAGUCUCCGCGCGCGCGGCCCGGCUCGGUGGCCAGCGUGUCCUCGCCGGCGGAGGCGCGCGGCAGCCCGCCGCGCGGUCCGGCCAGCCCCCAGGUGGCGGGCCCGGCGGCCCGGCAGACGGAGCCGCUGUCCUCCCCGGCGGCCCGGCCCGGCGCCAGCCCCGGCGGCGGCUCUCUGCGGUCACCGCCUGGCACCUCAGUGAGUCAGACUCCGCCGUCCGGACCGCGGGCCGGACAGGCGGCCCCGCAGGCCUCCGUGUCCAGUCCGGCGCCGGCGGUGUCCCGGCCGGGAGCGACCACGGCCAGCCCGGCCUCCGCCACCGACCUGUCCAGUCCCAGCGGGUCUGUGGAGCGGCCGGCACCCGCCGUGGGCAGUCCGAGCGGGCCGCCGCCGCCGGCCGGCCGGCCCGCUGCUGAGGUACCCGCCGCUCCCCCGGCCCCGGCUGCCACCCCGGCCGGCCAGACUCCGGCGCAGGACGAGCGGCCCGGCUAUCCGCUGAAGAAGCGCGUGCCGCAGGAGCCGCCGCCUGCUCCGCCGCCGCCGCCGCAGCAGCAGGCGCAGCGUCAGUCGCCGCCGCCGGGCCCUCCGCCGCCGCAGUACCCCGCGCCGGCGGCCGGCCAGCUGCCCGGCAACCUGGCGCACCUGUCCCAGCUGGUCACCCGCCUGCCGCAGCAGCAGCAGCAGCAGCAGGCGGCUGAACAGCAGCAGCAGCAGGCCGCCGAGCAGCAGCAGCAAGCGGCGCUGCAGCAGCAGAAGGUAAUGCAACAGAAGCUGCAGCUGGAGCAGCAGGUGAAACUGCUCGAACAGAAACAAAAAAUGAAAAUGGCUGAGCAGCAGAGCGAAAAAGAAAGAAUGCAACAGGAGCAACAGCAACAACAACAGCAGCAACAGCAACAACUACAGCAGCAACAGCAGCAACAACGACAACAGCAACAGCAGCAAAUCGGCGGUCUGAACCUGAGCGGCCUCAUGUCGGGCGGCGGCUACGGCGCGCUGGGGCUCGGCGCCGCCGGCUUCCAGUCGCACGCGCUGGGCGGCGGCGCCGGCUACCCGUACCUGCUGGGCCAGUACUACCGGCAGCAGGAGCUGCUGCGCCAGCACCAGGCCGGCGCCGCUAUGAUGGGCCUGAUGGGCGCGGCGGCCGGCGGCUAUCCGCCCGGCUACCCGCUCUCGUCGCUGCGCCAGCCGUUCCAGCCGCCGGGCGUGACCCGCAGCCCGUUCUUCUGA